AUGGCCGAGGGAAUGUUCUACAAUGCCACGGCGGGCUAUCUCGAGGGGAUCGUGCGAGGCUACCGCAGCGCGCUGUUGUCUGGAUCGCAGUACUCCAACCUCACGCAAUGCGAGUCGAUUGACGACGUCAAACUCCAGCUGGGCCCAGCAUAUGGCGAUUACCUUGCGGCGCUCCCACCCAACCCAUCAACAUCCGCGCUCGCCGACAAGACUCUCGACAAGCUUGUGGCAGAGUUCCGCUACCUACAGGCCAACGCCACGGGCAGCCUCUCCAAGUUCAUGGAAUAUCUAACCUACGCCUACAUGAUCGACAACGUUGCCCUUCUCAUCACCGGCACGCUGCACGAGCGCGAUACCAAGGAGCUGCUGGAGCGCUGCCACCCUCUCGGCUGGUUCGAGACGAUGCCUGUGCUAUGCGUGGCCACCAAUAUUGAAGAGCUGUACAACUCUGUGUUGAUUGAAACGCCACUUGCGCCAUACUUCAAGGGCUCCCUCAGCCAUCAGGAUUUGGACGAGUUGAACAUUGAGAUCAUUCGGAAUACGCUAUACAAGAACUACCUCGAGGACUUCUUCCGCUUCGUGAAUGAGGAGCCAGGUAUUGCGGGCACACCGACACAAGACAUCAUGAGCGAGAUACUGGAGUUCGAGGCGGAUCGGAGGAGCAUCAACAUCACCAUCAACUCGUUUGGCACGGAGCUAUCAAAGCAGGAUCGCAAGAAGCUGUACCCCGCUUUCGGGCGGUUGCAUCCAGAGGGUACACUGAUGCUUUCACGGGCGGACGAUGUUGAGGGUGUGCGGAUAGCAGUCGACGGUGUGCACGACUACAGGACGAUGAUGGACCAGACCGGCUUGGGAGGUGGCAACAACUUGGGCAACCAGUCAGGUGGAAUGGGAGGCGAUGAAAGCAAGAGCUUGGAAGAUCUGUUCUACCAGAAGGAGAUGGAGAUGGCGAAGCUCACAUUCACGCAUCAGUUCACGCAUUCGUUGGUAUAUGCAUGGGUGAAGCUCCGGGAACAGGAGGUGCGAAACAUCACCUGGAUCUCCGAAUGCAUUGCACAGAACCAACGUGAUCGUCUUGGGAGCUAUAUAUCGGUCCUGUGA